AUGCUUGGUGUGAUAGGAAACCUGUGUGUGCCCCUCUCCUCCCCGUCUGCCUGGGCCAAUGGGGAGGUGGUAAAGGGCAACAUACUGGUCACGAGAGCAUCCCACACUAACGCCUUGUGACAAGGUGGUGCCCUUCCACUGUGCUGAACCACUGCUGACACUGAUGUAGCACCACGAUUCCCUGAAGAGAUGGGGAGUGAUGGAGGGAGGGAGACAAAUGGGGGGAGAGAGAUCGAAAGAAAGCGCUAAGGUCAGAAGAGUGGCUGUUUAAGGCCUCUAGUCGUCUGUGUCUGUGGGCUCUUUUCCCUCCUCUCCUGGCAGCUUAUCAGUCUGUGAUUACACCGUUCAUCUUUAAUUAGAAUAUGGUGGAAGUGGAACAGCUCUCGCACGCUCUCUGUGCUGCAGGUGUAGCGGUGUACCAGACAGUUAGAAUAAAGACAUCAACGUUGGUCCUCUGUAGCUCAGCUGGUAGAGCACGGCGCUUGUAACGCCAAGGUAGUGGGUUCGAUCCCCGGGACCACCCAUACACAAAAAAAUGUAUGCACGCAUGACUGUAAGUCGCUUUGGAUAAAAGCGUCUGCUAAAUGGCAUAUUAUAUAUUAUAUUAUAACGUUUCCAGCAGUGACAGUACAUAGGAGAACCUGGAUUCCCACAGAUGCUGGGUACAGAUAAUACCAAAUAAAUAUCAGUAAAAAGGUCAUGUUCUAGAAGUGUCGCCAAACUCAGAAAGCACAUAGUACAGUCACCAGGGGAAUGGUCCCAAAUUUGGGAAAUUCCAGUGUUUCCCCUUUCUUCAUUUAACAGCGGUGGAAUGGUGAAAUGUUUUCAGUGUAAACGUAAAACAACUCAAACCAGAUAUAAAGUAUGUAGAAACGAUAUUGGAGCGAUAUAGUUUUUAAAUAAGAUCAUUUUUGAGAACUAACAAUCACCAAAAUAAAAACUAGACAGUCAGGGAGAAUCAAAAAUUCCAAAAAUGUCAUGGCAUGGGGUUAUAAUGUUUGAGUCAUUCAGAUAGCAAAAGAACACAGCGUAAGCCAUGGAAAAAUGUGUAAAAUUGCAGGAAAUUAGCUAUAAAACUGAAUUGUUUUCUCUCAGCACAAUGAAAGAAUUUGUAGAAUUGCAGGAAAUUAGUUUUAAAACCGCAAUAUUUUGUCUCUGCGGUCAAGAGGAGGGCCUCUAAAAUUUUGGUUGGAAACAGCGCCAUUUGCCACACCCACUUCCGCGCCUCUCCAACACCCCCCACCCUAACUUUGCCACCUCUGCUGAAAACAAUCCUAAGGGAAACACUGUAUUCAGCCCAUUGCAGAUAAAUGGAGAGGAAGACAACUAUCCUCACCUCUUCAAUUAGGUCCCUACACUCAGAACCCCUGCUGUUGACUCCCCCUCGUCCUACCCUCCUCUCUUCCCCUGGUCCCCUUAGGUGGACUUCCUGGAGGAAACCCAGGGGCUCCAUGGGGGAGAAUCUCCAGUGAGAGUCGAACAACAUGACAGACUCACACACAGGAAAUGGAUGGAGAGGACUUGGGAAAUGAAGAAGAAAGAGGGGUAAAACAACACUACAGGGGUCUGUAUCUUCAAACACACACCCCUUUGCAAAGCAAAGUACCAUCUUAUAGAAAAAUAAUUUGAGUGGGUGAAAUGUGUGUCUUUGACAAGAUUGGGCACUGUAGUGCUUUUCUACCUCUGCACUCACUACGUCUAUACACACACACACACAUCUCUCUCAAAGCUUGAUACAUUGGCUACAUGCAGAAAGAUGCAUUUAUGCACAUGCAGGUAGACACACACAAAUGCACAGGUGUGCUCCGGGUUAGCCUGCUAACUAUGGGUGGAAUGCAUGAGAGUACCUCUUGCUGGGAGCUCUUCCCAUGAUCUCGCACUCCACUGUGCUUCUAUGGGUCUCCAGCCUCUCAGAAACAAAGUGCCCCAGAUAAAACAGCUGACUCACUCAGUCGCUCACAACCACAGACUGAGAGGCUCCUGAGCCCCACUAAGAUAUGCUGGAACUGUACUGAUAUACUCCGAGAUAUACUUUAGGUUGCAUUUGCUGUCAAUCAUUCACUGCUGUAGGCCAAAAAAUGCUUCAGAAAAGAGACGUUAGAAAACUCCCAUUGGAUGUCUGCAUCGCUGAUCCUGCCCAUUGAAGUUCGGAGCCCUCACCUCAUUCGCCAGCAUUAUUCAUAGCCUCAGCUGAAUGUUGCUUAGUAAUCCCCUGUGGCCAAUAGCCAGACAGCAGGGUUACUGACAGUUGCCAUUGAUUGCUGAUCCCUUAGCACAGAACUGAGAGGGCACAUACCAGGAACACAGCCUGAAAGGCCAACUGCGCCUUACAUCAUUAGAACAGCUCACUAAAUGUGCAUUUCUCUCUCUGUCAGUCACCUUUUCCCCUCGCUACCCGUCUCAUUCCCUCUCGUUACUCGUUUCGAUUCUCUUUCUUGUUCUUUUCUGACUAAAUCCCGCAUUCUUCUCUCGUUCCUUCCCUCUCGUUUCAUCACUCCUUUUUCUCUUGCUCUCGUUUCUAAUCUCUAAUCAUUCCCCUUUCUCCCUCUGUUGCAAUUGUAUCUUGUCUCGAGGAGCACUGCAGCGAACAGUGGCCCACAUCCUGGGCCUUCAUCUCCAUGGUCACCAUUCAUCCAAACAUCAUGGCCCCCUUUUGUCACACAGGGACAUGGCGGGCAAUUCAAACUGCCCUCACAAAGGCUGAUAACCCCCAUUCACACAAGAUCUCACCCAUUUCUUUCACUGGCAUGCUCCAUUCACAGUAUUCGUAAUGUGGGCAUAUACCAUCUUUGCAAUUCAGGGAGGGAUGGGGAUUUGUGAUCGAUAAGAGGAGACCCAGUGCAUCCACUUUAUUAUUGAAGGAUGUCCUCUGAAAUGUUUUACACGCUUAUGGGUGGACACAAAGAUUUCUAGGAAACAUUGGGUAUAUAGGCUUCUGCGAGACAGGACCAGUUAUUCUUCAACCCCAUAAAAACCUGAAGAGAUAUUGUCCUCAAUGCUGCAAUAGGAUCCGUUUUUCCUCCCCCAACUCUGGCCUUGACCACUCAAAGACAGAUCUAACUGACUGGACCAGCACAAGAACCCGGAGAACCUUUGUAACAAGCUAUCAUCAUCCAUGAAUCGGCAAUGAUGGAGGGAAAAAAAAACAUGGAGAGAACACCGUCUCAACUCAAGCACACUUUCUAAUGGUUCAGAUACAAUCGUUCCUUAAUGCCAUUCCCCUGCCUUAUACUCGGGUCUCAAACAAGGCAGUCAUUCAGAAGCGAGUCACUAAUCUGGCCAACAAAUUCUAAAGCUGCUGCCUAUAAUUAGCUCCUUUCUCUAUCAAACACAGGCUUCCACUUUCAAUCAAACUUUUCAACAUCACUUUUCCUAGUAAGACACAGGCCUGAUUUAACAGCUCCAGUUCUGUUAAACAUUUCCACAAUAUAUGGAGUCUCCCUAGGCUGGCAGCAAUGUGAGAUCUUUGAAUGAACAGGUGAAAAUCUACUGUUUCAUUCAGUGGCAAGGUGGUUUGAGGAACUAGAGUCUGUGUCCUCAUCAUCACUUAAUGAGAUGUGGCAUGGCUACUGUUGGAUAGAGUUAAGGAUUUAGUGACCGAUGUUUGUAUUUUCUUUGUCCUUCUUACUCAAACCAGCACUUUACUUCCUGGCAUUUGUUUAUGGAUCCCCAUUAGCUGCAGCCAAGACAGCAGCUACUCUUCCUGGGGUCCAGCAAAAAUUAAGGCAGUAAUAUACAUUAUAAUACAAUUUUUAAACAUUAACAUUUUACAACAGAUUUAACAAUACAUUAAGUGUGUGCAUUGAUUCUGCUGAUUGUGUUCAGCCCACAGUUCAGCUAAAUGAUGUUAGUCUAUACCGAAGGCUGGACAAUAGACGUUAGACCCAUUGAUUGGUCUUUGUUAGAACCAACAGGACUGGAUGUGCAUGGCUGUGAGGAAAUGUGUGGGCUAGUAGAGGGGGAAAUGAGGCUUCAGAACUAGUAGAACUCGUUAUUUACAGCAUGUAUAGUAUAAGGCCUUGAAAGCCCAUUACCCUCCUGAAUCUAUUACAGGUGUAUUGUGAGGGUCAGGACCUGCUAAUAAACAGGACAAUGACGAGAGGUGCUCUUGCUCCUAGAGAAGUUGAAGACCUCCGAUGCUCCUCUCCCCUGAAACGUGUGAUGAGGCCUCGUAUAAAACUCACUGUCUGUAUCGACCCAAAUCAGUAUGUCCUGGACUUGGUUAGUAUGACAUGGCCUGGGCCCUCCACUGUGUGUGGAUGAGGAGGCAGACCAGGGACUCGCGGCACAACCUGUGGCCCAGGGAGGGGCAAGGGUGAGCGGGAACAGCGGAGCGGAGGGCCUGCUGCGCGAGCAAAUGGCACAGCUAUUAGUGAGGGAGGAGGCUUCCUGGUGAGGUGUGACUGCGCUGCAAAGGGCCUAAUCAGACUGAGAACAGGAGGUCCUGACUGCUAAUACCUUACCUGGGAGCAGAGAGGCAGGCUAGCUAAGCAACAAACCAAAGUGGGUUUGUGAUCGGUUCAGUGGAAGAGCAACUAACCAAAAAAGUGCAGUUGAAUUCACGGGGGUAAUAUAGCCUGUGACUCUUACUGAGAAGAGUUGAUCGAUAAAUGGGUAGAAUGUAGAAUUGAAAUACUGGUAAAGUAUUUAGUAUUUAGAGUAAUACCAUAUUGCUGCUCCAUGCCAUUGGUGGUGUUUGCAUGAGUCUGAUCCAUGGGUUUGUGCAGUGUCCAGUGAGAAAGGUAUUUCCUAUGAACUUGAUUGAGAUCAAGGAAAUGUUCAGUCAUCCAUUUUCCCAUAUAGCAGGCAAUCAUAGACCAACAUAGCAGAAAAUGAUUCUACACGUCCACCUUUACUCUAUCUGGAAGAGGUUUUAGAAUUUGCCUCAAGAUGAAGUGAAAUCUUCAUAUACAACUCUGGCAUAACCAAUGACCCAGUAUGGAGAGCCUGCUACAGUGCUUUCAGAAAGUAUUCAUACACCUUGCCUUAUUCCAAAUGUUGUUGUUUUACAGCCUCAAUUCAAAAUGUAUUACAUUGAAUUUUAUUCUCACCCAUCUACACAAAAUACCCAAUAACGACAAAGUGAAAAUAUGUUUUUUGAAAUUUUAGCUAAUGUAUUGAAAAUUAAAUACACAAAUAUCUAAUUUACAUAAGUAUUCACACCCCUGAGUCAAUACAUGUUAGAAGCACCUUUGGCAGUGAUUACAGCUGGGAGUCUUUCUGGGUCAGUCUCUAAGAGCUUUGCACACCUGGAAUGUACAAUAUUUGCCCAUAAUUUUAUUUUAUUUUUUAUAUUCAAAUUGGUUGUUGAUCAUUGCUAGACAACCAUUUUCAAGUCUUGCCAUAGAUUUUCAAGUAGAUUUAAGUCAAAACUAACUCAGACACUGUUUUAGGUUAUUGUCCUGCUGAAAGGUGAAUACAUCUCCCCUAUUUUUUAUUCUGUACAGGCUUCCUUCUUUUCACUAUCAAUUAGGUUAGUAUUGUGGAGUAACUACAAUGUUGUUGAUCCAUCCUCAGUGCUGUCCUAUCACUGUCCUUAAACUCUAACUGCUUUUUAAAAAGUUACCAUUGGCUCCAUGGUGAAACCCCUGAGCGGUUUCCUUCCUCUACGGAAACGGAGUUAGGAAGGACGCCUGAAUCUUUGUAGUGACUGGGUGUAUUGAUACACCAUCCAAAGUGCCAUUAAUAAAUUCACCAUGCUCAAAGGGAUAUUCAAUGUCUGCUUUUUUAUUUUUACCCAUCUACCAAUAGGUGCCCUUUUUUGCGAGUCAUUGGAAAACCUCCCUGGUCUUUUUGGUUGAAUCUGUGUUUGAAAUUCACUGCUCAACUGAAGGACCUUACAGAUAAUUGUAUGUGUGGGGUACAGAGAUGAGGUAAUCAUUCAAAAAUCACGUUAAACACUAUUAUUGCACAACGAGCGAGUCCAUGCAACUUAUGUGACUUAAGCACAUUUUUACUCCUGAACUUAUUUAGGCUUGCCAUAACAAAAGGGUUGAAUCCUUAUUGACUCAUAAUUCCACUUUGACAUUAUGAUGUAUUUUGUGUAGGCCAAUGACACAUUUUUUUUAUCCAUUUUAAAUUCAGGCUGUAACACAACAAAAUGUGGAAAAAGUCACAGGGUGUGAAUAAUUCCUGAAAGCACUGUACUUCCUCUUUUGACCUUUGUAAAACUUUCUCCACCUCAAAUAAAACUUACUCCCCCUCAAAUAAAACCUAAACACCCUCUCGGCUCCUCUCCAAACAGAGGGAGGAAUGAGCGCUCAAUCUCUUCCUCCAUCCAUCCCUCCAUGUGUUCAAAGAGACAGAUUCUUGUUUGUUAUGAAAAGUGCUAUAAAAAAAAAAAGGGCCAAACCCUUCCUGCAUUCCUUUCUUAGCAGGCACUCCAUAUCACAGACCCUGGGUGGUGGGAGGUCUACUCAGAUCCUACUAUCCGCAGAAGCAGGGCUGAGAGACAAGGGAGCCUACUAUUUCAUUAGUCAAACAGCCUGGAAGUACUAGGAAGGAGAGAGGCUAUAGUGUAAGUGUAGGCCAAGGCUGUGUGUGUGUGUGUGUGUGGAGGGGGUCCUGCCCUUGACACCCAAACCAACAACUCCAUAAUGGUAUUGUCAUACUUGCCAAUUCAUCUGAAGCAGUAUAAUAAGGAGAUGACUAAUACAAUACUCCAAUAGACCUAUAAAUCGCUGAAUAAUAAGAAUAGGAAGGCUGAAGAGGAGGCUGGUGGGAGGAGCUAUAGGAGGAUGGGCUCAUCGUAAUGGCUGGAAUGGAAUUAAUGGAACGGAAUCAAACAUGUGGUUUCCAUAUGUUUGAUAAAUGCCAUGUAAUCGAUUCCAGUCAUUACAAUGAGCCCAUCCUCCUAGAGCUCCUCCAGCCCACCUCCAAUGGUGGGCUGUUGUUAAGAAAUCACUCUUUUGAUCAGCAUUUUUUUUUUGUUGCAGUGAAAAUAACUCCCCAAUUGGCAAACUCACCAAACACACGUCAUGGUUUGAUUAACUUUUGACUGUGUGACCUUAGCUGAGGAACGUGGACUCAUUUCAACUCAAUUAUCCGUGGUCACCAAAUUCCUCAAACGCAAAGGCCUGUAUACUGUUACAUAACCUGACUAUUCAUUGAAACGAAUGAAAUCCCCUAAUAACAAACACGGCCGAAGAACUACAAAACAGUCAGACUUGACUCAGACCUCUGAAGGAAAAGACAUCGGUUACAAAACUACAGAAAAUCUAUAGGCCCCAAUAGCCUACAAUUCACCAAAACUCGUAAAACUAGAAGUGUGUCUAACCGUCUCGAACGUGAUAACUGGCAGACAGAAAUACAAGUGACAAUUGACAGAGUGGAGAACAGGUUAGGUAAACAAACCGUGGCUGUUUGUCAACAUGUCAGAGAGCCUUUAUAUCCGUAGAGGAAACCGUCACUAAAUAACUAAACUCUACGCGCUGAGCGAUCUUGGAUAGCGUAUUCCACGAUACUACAUGCACUAACAUAGGAGUGGCCACAAUGCGGUUUUCACGCAAUCUCAACAAAAGCGUUUCUCGUGUGAGUGUAAGCACAAAUGAAUAUUAAUGGGAAUGUCAUCCUAUUUGUGUAGUUACAUUAUUGGACGAAACAUUUGCUUUUGUAAGGCACUUAGAUAUACAAUGUUGCAACUUGCAUCACUGAAACAAUGAUCGAUAUGGUGCGCAGUCUAUAUGAACGUUCCAUUUUGAAGUUCAAAAUUCAUGUUCACAGAAUACAGUAACUCAAGAACUCGAGGCAUGCAACUUCAUACGAUUGGGAAUUGUAGCGUAGAUUAAAAGAGGUCAUAACAUUUCGAUGGGUAGGCUAUAAAAACGUCCUCCCGAAACUGUUCAGUUUCUGUAGGAAACAAAUGUCAAAACAUGUUGACGGAUUAAAAACAUGCCUUGCACUCCAGCUGCCCCCAACUAGUUGGAUACUAUGGGCCUAUUUGCAUUUAGCUUUGAAACAAGACUGCCAUAUCAAUAAAAUAUAACGAAUAUUAUGUGUCCAGAGCUAUCUUUUGACAUGGGGCCUUGACCGACCACUAGUCCAAACUGAUCCUUGAAUAGAGGGGAAAUGACAGCAGAUCGUUGGGUGAUGCAAUGUGGCCAACAAUAAGACAGGAUUUUAUUUGUUAUUCGUAAAAAAAAACAUGUACACGUUCUCUGCACAUAACAUAGGGCUAUUACGCAUGGCAUGGGGACACUAUUUCCAAAUUGAUCCAGACAUUUUAGUCCAUGGAUGCUCCCUUCUGUCCAUUCACAUGUAAUUGUGAACAAAUUAAGAAAAAACGAAGGAACACUGCCCGUAAUUGACACAGAUAAACCACACUUUGACAACCAUCUAUUCCAUAAUUACAUUUUAUUUAUUUAUUUGGGCACAUUGAUUAAGCUGAGAUUUUUUGUUUUAAGCAAGAGGGGAAAAUCUCCCAGAAGAGCUUGGCCUGGCAAGCCUCAGUCCACACAGAAAGAUUGCAAACCCGUGUUGCACAUUUAUUGUCUGAACGAGAUUCACUUUUUAUUACCCCCACUUCACUCCCAACUACUCAUUUAAACCUGGGAAAUAACUGUUAUACGGAACAUUGUUUUCAUUGCCACAUCAUCAUAAUCAGUUAAAGUAAAUUGUUUUCCUUUUUAACCCUUUUAGCCAAAUAAAACAUUAUUGGCAAAAUGAACUGGUACAUACCAUAGCAUUCCUCCCUCUUCUCUCGUUCACUCCUUUCUCUCCAAUGUCCUCCGUCGCAACUCGCAAAAACAGCACUCCCGACGUCUCGAGAAUUUAAUUAAUAAAGAGAGGAAAUUCUACUCCUCUAACAGUCACAUACAUAUCAAUAUUUCCCUUUUGGACACUUGGUAUAUUUUUCCCCCUUUGAAUCAAGUCUCCAUUUUCACAAGUAGCCUAGUAAGUUUUCGGUACCAUCUGCAUGUUGAGUUCCGCCUCUUGCCUUUGGACACAAAAACACCUAAAUUAUCUCGGAAAAUGCAGUAGAAGUUCAGUUUCUUGUCCGCUGAAUGUUCGCGUUAGGAACGAGGGGGCGUUAGAAAGGCUUGAUUCGUUGUGUUUUCCUCUUGGUUCACCACGUUGUUUUGACCAAUUGUUAUUUCCUUUGUUGUGUCCAAUAUACAGGUCUGCCCAUACGCGUACACAGCAUAUGCCGUGUUAGGUGAUGCGCAGUGCUCAUUUAAUAAAUGCAACCCUAAAUGUUGUGUUUCCUAUGAGUAUCGCUUCACAGAGUGUCCAAAUGUAUGACUGUGUGUAAGUGUAUUUUUUUCAGCUUCCCAAUAAUGGCGGCCCGGCCCUUCUCCCGAAUACAGCCUCUCCUCCUUACUAUUCGGAGAGAAUAGAGAGCGCGCUGUAGCCUACGACAACGUAGUCUCGCCCAGUGGCGCAUGGACACAAUUACAACACACAGACAUUCUGUUUCUAAAUAGUAUAAUUGCUUAUAUUCUCCUAAUAAUUAAUGAUAUUCGUCAUACUUCGUUUUAUUUUAUUUUGCUAUAUUAAUAAUAUUCUUCAAUUUAAAGCGGCAAUCUGUGGUUGCGACAUCAGUUUUUGGACACAAAUUAAUGAUAUACCCAUUGAUUCUUGAAUAAUAUAGCUUAUAAAUGCCUCACGAACUAACGCUUUGAACACACCGACUUCGAUUUGCGUUUUGGUACACCAGAAAUACAUUAAUUUCCAAUAGAACGCUACGUUUGCCUUGCAGCAUUGCGUUGCAGAGGCAGUUGCAGUGCGUUCUGUGUGGUGCAUACGUCAAACUGUACACGUAAACGGGUUGACAGAAAUGGUAGCAGAAGGUGAAUGUUGAAUUUUUGUUGCACACAUAUCUAGAUGAUGCUACAAACUAUUUUGGUCAAUGAAACAGUCGGUGUGUUCAAAGCGCUAGUUCAACCGUCACCCACCAUCAGAACGCAAAAUAUAAGCUUGUUUUACUGCAAUGUUUGUAAACAAAGUAAACGUAAACAAACACUAACUCAAAACAUGGCAAAAUUACACAGUAUACAAAACAUUAAGAACACCUGCUCUGUCCUUGACAUGACCAGGUGAAAGCUAUGAUCCCUUAUUGAUGUCACUUGUUAAAUCCACUUCAAUCAGUGUAGAUGAAGGGGAGGAGACAGGUUAAAGAAGGAUAUUUAAGCCUUGAGACAAUUGAGACCUGGAUUGUGUAUGUAUGCCAUUCAGAGGGUGAAAAUAUUUAAGUGCCUUUGAACGGGUAUGGUAGUAGGUGCCAGGCGCACCAGUUUGUGUCAAGAACUGCAACGCUUCUGGGUUUCUCACGCUCAACAGUUUCCCAUGUGUAUCAAAAAUGGUCCAUGACCCAAAGGACAUCCAGCCGAUUUGACACAACUGUGAGAAGCAUUGGAGUCAACAUGGGCCAGCAUCCCUGUGGAACGCUUUCGACACCUUGUGGAGUCCAUGCCCUGAUGAAUUAAGGCUGUUCUGAGGGGGGUUCCUAAUAUUGGGUAUACACAGUGUAUUAUUUUGAUAUUAUGGAUGGUCAGUCCUUGCAUCCAUAGCUCUGUCUAUGAAUUUUAGAGUGGUUACAUGCCGGCACAACCGCGAGCUGCCCAGUGACACAAGACUUCCAGACGAGCUAAACCACUUCUAUGCUCGCUUCGAGGCAAGCAACACUGAAGCAUGCAUGAGAGCACCAGCUGUUCCGGAUGACUAUGUGAUCACGCUCUCCGUAGCCGAUGUGAGUAAGACUUUUAAGCAGGUCAACAUUCACAAGGCCGCAGGGCCAUACAGAUUACCAGGACGUGUACUCUGAGCAUGUGCUGACCAACUGGCAAGUGUCUCCACUGACAUUUUCAACAUGUCCCUGACUGAGUCUGUAAAACCAAUAUGUUUCAAGCAGACCACCAUAGUCCCCGUGCACAAGGACACUAAGAUAACCUGCCUACAUGACUACCGACCCGUAGCACUGACGUCUGUAGCCAUGAAGUGCUUUGAAAGGCUGGUCAUGGCUCACAUCAACACCAUUAUCCCAGAAACCCUAGACCCACUCCAAGUUGCAUACCUCCCCAACAGAUCCACAGAUGAUGCAAUCUCUAUUGCACUCCACACUGCCCUUUCCCACCUGGACAAGAGGAACACCUACGUGAGAAUGCUAUUCAUUGAAUACAGCUCAGCAUUCAACACUAUAGUGCCCUCAAAGCUCAUCACUAAGCUAAGGAUCCUGGGACUAAACACCUCCCUCUGCAACUGGAUCCUGGACUUCCUGACGGGCCGCCCCCAGGUGGUAAGGGUAGGUAACAACACAUCUGCCACACUGAUCCUCAACACGGGGGCCCCUCAGGGGUGCGUGCUCAGUCCCCUCCUGUACUCCCUGUUCACCCAUGACUGCAUGGCCAGGCACGACUCCAACACCAUCAUUAAGUUUGCCGACGACACAACAGUGGUAGGCCUGAUCACCGACAACGAUGAGACAGCCUAUAGGGAGGAGGUCAGAGACCUGGCCGUGUGGUGCCAGGAUAACAACCUCUCCCUCAACGUGACCAAGACAAAGGAGAUGAUUGUGGACUACAGGAAAAAAAAGAGGACUGAGCACGCCCCCAUUCUCAUCAACGGGGCUGUAGUGGAACUGGUUGAGAGCUUCAAGUUCCUUGGUGUCCACAUCACCAACGAACUAUCAUGGUCCAAACACACCAAGACAGUCGUGAAGAGGGCACGACAAAGCCUAUUCCCCUCAGGAGACUGAAAAGAUUUUGCAUGGGUCCUCAGAUCCUCAAAAAAUUAUACAGCUGCACCAUCGAGAGCAUCCUGACUGGUUGCCUCACCGCCUGGUAUGGCAACUGCUUGGCCUCCGACCACAAGGCUCUACAGAGGGUAGUGCGUAUGGCCCAGUACAUCACUGGGGCCAAGCUUCCUGCCAUCCAGGACCUCUAUACCAGGCGGUGUCAGAGGAAGGCCCUCAAAAUUGUCAAAGACUCCAGCCACCCUAGUCAUAGACUGUUCUCUCUGCUACCGCACGGCAAGCGGUACCGGAGUGCCAAGUCUAGGUCCAAAAUACUUCUCAACAGCUUCUACCCCCAAGCCAUAAGACUCCUGAACAGCUAAUCAUGGCUACCCAGACUAUUUGCACUGCCCCCCCACCCCCACCUCCCACCCCAUCUUUUUACGCUGCUGCUACUUUGUUAAUUAUUUAUGCAUAGUCACUUUAACUCUACCCACAUGUACAUAUUACUUCAACUACCUCAACUAGCCGGUGCCCCCGCACAUUGACUCUGUACCGGUACCCCCCUGUAUAUAUAGCCUCCCUACUAUUAUUUUAUUUGACUUCUGCUCUUUUUUUCUCAACACUUUUUUGUUGUUGUUUAUUUUACUUUUUUAUUAUAAAUAAAUGCACUGUUUGUUAAGGGCUGUAAGUAAGCAUUUCACUGUAAUGUCUGAACCUGUUGUAUUCGGCGCAUGUGGCCAAUAAAAUUUGAUUUGAUUUGAUUCCUCCAGCCUCAUCCCUCAGCUUUGGACUCAAAAAACAGGGGUUGGGAAAAUGCUUUGUUAUUGUUUGAACUGCUGAUUGCCACUUUAACAUUACAUACCCUUAAUUUAUAGAAUAAUUAGGAAAUUAGGUUAAUGCAAUUCAGGACAUGAAAUGAGAUGCAACUUGCAAGAACUGGAAAAAAAGCUACAACAUUUUUUUAAAUUGCAUUUUAAUCAAUUUCCUGGAAAUGACCCCAACUCUUGCAGGAGAACACAUGUAUCCAUGUCUGGCAAUUAUAGAUAAAAACCAUUUUCACAAUAUCAUGUCAGUUAUGCAUUCACCACACAAAUAGACUCAGUUCUCUCUCCAAACUAGUAAAUAGUAAACUUGUAUUGCAAUUGAUGUAUUUUAUAUAAAAUACAUCAAUUGCAUCAAUUGCAAUACAAAUUCACUGACUUCCGUGCACAAAUAAUUCAUGUACGACACUCCCAAAUCUUACUUUCCAAUACUAACCAAUCAUAUAUCUGAUCAAGCGCACAGGGAGAAUGGGAGAGAGAGCAUAAUUUUUUUGCCAUUCAGAAAAUCAAUAAUCUCAAAACGUAUCCCCGGUCCUCUAGACUUAUUCAUGCUAGAACACUCAUAUGGCUGUUUAUUUAAUUGUUGGAGAUAACUUUCACCUGAGAAGAAUUCAGUAGUCCUGAUUAUAACAUGUCAGUUUAAAUUCUAUGGCCUUCCCCAAGAGGAUAUGACUUGACAAUAUAAAACCACAAACACAUGAAAGUUAAAGAUAGAGAUCCACAGAGAGAGAAAUGAUGUACUGCAAGCUAAAUAUGAUUGUUGUUCUACAACUCAAACAUAUGUUUAGUGGCUUGGGGACUUUGUCACGCAUUGAAUCUCUGUCUCUCUCACACACACACACCAGUGGAGGCUUCUGAGGGGAGGACAGCUCAUAAUAAUGGCCCGAACGGCGCAAAUGGAAUGGCAUCAAACACAUGGAAACCAUGUGUUUGAUGUAUUUGAUACCAUUCCACCUAUUCUGCUCCAGCCAUUAUCACAAGCCCGUCCUCCCCAAUUAAGAUGCCCCCAACCUCCUGUGACACACACACACACAGUGGCAUACCGCAGUUUCGUGGGACCCCUCCCCCCACACACACACACCUUACAACAUGCAGUCUCAAUCAGGCUGUGACUAACUGAUCCUUAUGUAUUCUUCAAGGUGUAAGUUCAGCCAUACAAAGUAACAUCUAAUAACAUCUAAUAGGGUUAUUGACAGUACAUUUUAUCAUAAUUACUUUGCUAAAAAUUCUAAACAGUCUACAUACUCUAACAGUUACUCUUGAUCUGUGUAUUUUACAUUUUUUAAGAUAGGUGAACAUCCUCCAUUUGAACACAAAGUUCAAAGUACAGCACCUCGAGCCAACAAGCUGCUUGCUGUCCAAUCAUAUAAGUCAGUGAGUUCACAGCAAUAUUUGCAUGACCCCAAGAUUAGCAAGGGUCAAAGUUUCAUUCAUAAUCUGUCCCUGUUUUACAUUUUCUCCUCUACUACUGAACUACUACUGGCCCAACUAUACCAAUCUCCCUGAACAAGACCUUUCUGAACGUUGUUUGGUUUAUAACCAAAGUAUGAAAUUGGGGAAAUGCUCUGAACUGUUUCAUACUCUCUUAUUCAUUUACAGCCACAACAGCCUUGGAAAACCAUUGGAAAACAACUCAGCAAAGCAGUCUAACGAGAGAGGAGCUGCCCUGUUUUCUACUUGAUUUCCCCCUUUUUCUUUCUCUCUCUAUCCCAUCUCAACUCUCUCUCUAUGCAGCUGAAAUAUUUCUGGGUCCCAGGGGCAUGCACUCACAGUUGUGCAAUCCCUGACAAUCACCACCCUCCCCCCUUCGGCCUCCCCGGCCCAACGCACGGCACAGAGGAGCUGUCCAAGCUGUCUGGACAAUGUUCUGCAGCGGAUCGGCUACCCACCAGACCAGUUAACAAAGUCAUGGGCCCAGACUUAGCAGAAAACAGCCAAAGGGAUGUAACAUAAAUGGCUGACCCUCCAUUUUGUCACUUAUUGAUGUGGGAUUGGGAAGAAAAGGGUAUUCCCUGCCUUUGGUGUGAAAGUCACAGGCUUUGAAAGACAACACGUGUUUUGUUGUUUUUGCUGAGAUUUAGUGUUGUGCCCCAGUCUUCCUGUAUAAUAGCCUAUGUUAUACCCUGCAAAUAGGCCUUGUGGUUGAAGGCAUGAUGUUGGAGAGUUUGUAAUGUAUGUUUCAUUUGGACUGUGGAAAAAUUUAAAAGUAGCAUGAUUUCUUCCCUCUGGGUUAAUAGGGUCAACAGAAAUCAAUGAUAAUGAAAUAGCUCAAAAUUAUAUUAGACAGGGGGCCUCCCGAGUGGCACAGCAGUCUAAGGCACUGCAUCGCAGCGCUAGAGGCGUCACUACAGACCCGGGUUCAAUUCCGGACUGUAUCACCACUGGCCGUGAUCAGGAGUCCCGUAGUGCGGUGCACAAUUGGCCCAGCGUCCGGGUUAGGGGAGGGUUUGGCCAGGGGGGCUUUACUUGGCUCUUUGCACUCUAGUGACUCCUUGUGUCGGGCCGGGCGCCUGCAGGCUGACCUCAGUACUCAGUUGAAACGUGUUUAUUCCGGGUUAAGCGGGUGGGUGUUAAGCAGCGCGGUUUGGCGGGUCAUGUUUUGGAGGACGCAUGACUCGACCUUUGCCUCCCGAGCUCGUUGGGGAGUUGCAACGAUGAGAAAAAAGGGGUAAAAUACAAAAAUAUAUAUAGAUACUACCGGUCAUCAAUUUUAGAACACCUACUUAUUCAAGGGUUUAUCUUUAUUUUUACUAUUUUCUAUAUUGUAGAAUAAUUGUGAAGAUAUCAAAACUAUGAAAUAAACCAUAUGGAAUCAUGUAGUAACCAAAAGUGUUAAACAAAUCAAAACAUAUUUUACAUUUGAGAUUCUUCAAUUAACCACCCUUUGCCUUCAUGACAGCUUUGCACACUCUUGGCAGUCUCUCAGCCAGCUUCACCUGGAAUGCUUUUCCAAUAGUCUCAAAGGAGUUCCCACAUAUGCUGAGCACUUGUUGGCUGCUUUUCCUUUGCUCUGCGGUCUGACUCAUCCCAAACCAUCUCAAUUUGGUUGAGGUUGGGGGAUUGUGGAGGCCAGGUAAUCUGAUGCAGCACUCCAUCCACCUUCUUGUUAAAAUAGCCCUUACACAGCCUGGAGGUGUGUUGAGUCAUUGUCCUGUUGAAAAACAAAUUAUAGUCACACUAAGCCCAAACCAGAUGGGAUGGCAUAUCACUGCAGAAUGCUGUGGUAGCCAUGCUGGUUAAGUGUGCCUUGAAUUCUAAAUAAAUCACAGACAGUGUCACCAACAAAGCACCCCACACUAUAACAACUCCUCCUCCAUGCUUUACUGUGAGAAAUACACAUGCAGAGAUCAUCCAUUCACCCACACCGCGUCUCAGAAAGACACGGCAGUUGGAACCAAAAAUCUCCAAUUUGGACUCCAGACCAAAUGACAAAUUUCCACCGGUCUAAUGUCCAUUGCUCGUGUUUAUUUGCCCAAGCAAGUCUCUUCUUCUUAUUGGUGUCCUUUAGUAGUGGUUUCUUUCCAGCAAUUCGACCAUGAAGGCCUGAUUCACACAGUCUCCUCUGAACAGUGGAUGUUGAGAUGUGUCUGUUACUUGAACUCUGUGAAGCAUUUAUUUGGGCUGCAAUUUCUGAGCUGGUAACUCUAAUGAAUUUAUCCUCUGCAGCAGAGGUAACUCUGGGUGUUCCAUUCCUGUGGCGGUCCUCAUGAGAGCCAGUUUCAUCAUAGCGCUUAAUGUUUUUUGCGACGUCACUUGAAGAAACUUUCAAAGGUCUUGACAUUUUCUGGAUUGACUGACCAUCAUGUCUUAACAUAAUGAUGGACUGUCGUUUCUCUUUGCUUAUUUGAGCUGUUCUUGCCAUAAUAUGGACUUGGUCUUUUACCAAAUAGGGCUAUCUUCUGUAUACCCCCCUACCUUGUCACAACACAACUGAUUGGCUCAAAUGCAUUAAGAAGGAAAGAAAUUCCACAAAUUAACUUUUAAGAAGGCACACCUGUUAACUGAAAUGCAUUCCAGGUGACUACCUCAUGAAGCUGGUUGAGAGAAUGCCAAGAGUGUUCAAAGCUAUCAUCAAGGCAAAGGGUGGCUCGUUGAAGUAGCUCAAAUAUAAAAUAUAUUUUGAUUUGUUUAACACUUUUUUGGUUACUACAUGAUUCCAUGUGUUAUUUCAUAGUUUUGAUGUCUUCACUAUUAUUCUACAAUGUAGAAAAUAGUAAAAAUAAAGAAAAACCGUUGAAUGAGUAGGUGUUCCAAAACUUUUGACCAGUAGUGUAUAUGUGAGACAAAUCGAUGAUAUAUCUGCCUCUUUUUUCCUUUUCAUAGCCUUUAAUGCAAUUUUCCAUUUUAUUUUAGAUAAUUGAAUUCCUCCUAGCAUACAACAACUCACAAAAACCAUAGCACUUAGCUUGAAGUGAUACUUUAUCAACAUACUUGAAGUGAUGUCAACAAAAUGUCAUGUCUAAUAAAAAGCAUGAGCUGUCGCACACCCAGAGAACAUCACUUAGUGUAGAUGUGCUGACCAACGGAGAAUAAACUGAAGAAGGCACAGUGAUGCCAAAAUGUUGGUGGUUUCGUACCCAAUAAAUUACUGGGAGUUUAUACAUUGAGUGUAUGACUCUCUUUAUUUGUUUUCAUAACAAAAUGAAAUGUGCCAUAAGUUACAAUAAUAAGUCAAAGUGCCUGUAAAUGAUUUAUACUGCAAAAUGUGCACUUUCCCUUUCUGACAUUUUUGUUGCUUGAUUGGCCAAACCUGAGCCAAGUGACUGGGCCUCACGAAUCCGCAGCUGACACAAGAAGGCAGAGAGGGGUGCAUGCUGGUUCUAGCAGGAAAAUACCCUUUUCUUAAGUUUUUAUCUAACGAUUUUACUGGUCUAAUAAAACUACAUUUCCCACAAUGCCUUGCGCCUUUAGGUUUUCCUGUACAUCCUGCUCGGGAAGAUAGCGGGCAAUCGGUCGUCAAAACAAUCCUAUCAUUUGGAGAAUUUAUGUAAAAUCAAAUAUAUAAUCACUAGGCUACGGGAAUUCAUAUUAUUUAAAACAACCGACUCAAAGAAAAGACAAUGGUAUGUUUGCAAUUGGGUACAUUUUGUGGCCAAUUGCUUUGCUCUAACGUUAGCAUAGCUGCUAGCUAGCUAACGUCGUUCGCCAGUCUCCUGUGAAAUGUAUGAGAAGCCUAGAAAUCAUAGCUAGCUAGAUAACGUUAAAUAUUCGAAUUAAACAAACCUAACUAUAUAAAGGAAUCGAUUAGCUACAUCCGGCUCCCAACUUUGUUUUACGAAGCAACGGCCUGGCUUGCAUUUAUAUCAAUAACGUUAGACUAGUUAGCCACCUAGCUAGUUCGCUAUCUAACAUAGCUAACUAGCUAUAUAUCUUGACAUGACAGGGAGUGGCUAGCCAGGCUAGCUAACGUUAGUUAGUAAUCUAGUUGUUGUAAAGGAAUGCACAUCUGUCUGCACACUCUUAACCAAUCAACCAUGCUCAGAAACGCACUGUUGGUCUUCGUUAUAGUAUGAGGUGAAACUGAUGAUUCAUGUGAGUGGUGAUAACAUCUAGUGAACCCAUAGUUAGAUCUGAGAAGGAGCGAAAACCUACAGGAGGGUAGCUCUCCAGGAACAGGGUUGGAGACUCCUGUACUAGACUGCAGAGCAUUUCUCACUUAAUUUUCUCUCCUCGCCUGCUCCGGUCAUACAGAUCCGCUUCAUCCUGAUUCAGAACCGAGCAGGGAAGACCCGACUGGCCAAGUGGUACAUGCAGUUUGAUGACGAUGAGAAACAGAAGCUGAUUGAGGAGGUGCACGCUGUGGUGACUGUCCGUGAUGCCAAGCACACCAACUUUGUGGAGGUAAGGCAGAAGGAUUUGCAUGAUGCCAUGUGUGUGCGUUGAAGUCUGUGUGUGCCCUAAUGUAGGCUAUUCGUUUCUGGCAAUUGUAUUCGUUGUCACUAUCUGGCCAUUCUAGAAAGGCUGGAAGCUACCGGGUAGUAUAACUCAAGGUCUGGAGCUGCAUUUGGCGAUCUAUUUACUUGGCUUUACAGUGACAUAGGCCUAAAUUGUAGCAUACAUUGUGACACUGAAGAGAUGGGGGAUAAAAGUCUACAUUUUCUACUGAGAUGCUGUAGCACCAAUUGGUUAACCAAGUUGAAUUCGAUAUGCAAAUAAUUUAACAUAUCAUUGUAAAUGAACAAGACUGCUUGGAAGUCAUAAUUUCAAAUCUACUGUAAUUAUUCUUUGAUGAAAAAUGAAAAGCACAUAUUGCGACGCUUGUCUGUCUUGUCUCCAGUUCAGGAACUUCAAGAUCAUCUAUAGGCGCUAUGCUGGUCUGUACUUCUGUAUCUGUGUGGAUGUAACAGACAACAACCUGGCAUACCUGGAGGGCAUUCACAACUUUGUGGAGGUAUGAUAUGACACUAACACAUCAACUCACACGUAGACUGUUUAUUGUGAUGACACACAAUGUGGGAGCUGUUUUAGGUCAAUUACUCUUUGGCUGGUUAUGUGAAGGAAUGUGGGCUAAUAAAAUCUCCACCUUUUAAUAGCUGAAUGAUUAGGCAUAUUUUAUUGGUGAACUAUCGUAUUGCUCUGCUCCUACAGCUCUUUGGAAUACAGAGUACCACAGUAUGAGUCAAAAUACCCAUAAAACCUAGUUGUCAGAUGGAAAUAGUUCCAAUAGUUUUUCCACCAUUCAUUUUUCUCAUAGGAGAUUUUAGAAACACUUAAAAUAAGGGCUGUGUUUCGUGCAGGCUUACCCUGGCGUGACGUUUUGAUGACCGUGUAAAUAUCUCUAGGACAAUGUGACUUAUCAAUAUAUUAGCCUGUAUUUACCCCCCUAAAUGAAAUGCUAAUUAGCUACUAAUGUGGCUAUCAUAAAGAACUACAAAUGCCAUGACGAUCUGGAUGAGACUGCCGAAUCGAGGCAAAGGUAAGAAUCUCUGGAUUAACUAUCUAAUGUUAGCUAAAUUUAGUCAUGAAUAAAUUGGCAACAUUUCUUUAAAUGGACAAUUCUGUUUUAAAUUGACACAAUACCAGUUAGCAAAGGUGUCAGCUAGAGAUGACGUGCAGGAGCUUGCAGGGAUUUGUAGUUUUGCAUGAUGUCUACUUUGAUGCUAAUUAGCAUUUUCAAAUCUGAGAGUAAAUAGAGCUAAAUAUAUUGAAAAGUCACCUUGUCUGAGAGAGAUUUACUUGAUCAAAUCGUCACACCAGGGUAAGCCUACACGAAACACAGCCCUUAUUUUAAGUGUUUCUAAAAUCUCCUAUGGGAAAAAUGAAUGGUGGAAAAACUAUUGGAACCAUUUCCCUGUUUGACCGCUAGGUUUUAUGGUUAUUAUGACACCUCCAGUGUGGGGCUCUAUUUUCUAUGCGUUCUUACCCAGUGUAAUACACCCCAUAUACAGUCUGUCAAAAGUAAGACCAAAACAAAGUGGGGGAAGGACAAAUCUCUCUAGUGUUCUUCAUUCAUAUUCCCGAAAAGCAUUCCCUGAGAGGCGUUCCUCCCGGGUCGAGGGGAAAUAGCAGAACAGCUCGCACUGUGCUCCCUGUCCGAGGGACAGGCGGAAUGUGGCCGUGAAGGAAAACAGCUGAGAUUCCCGACACUUGGUUCAAGAGCACCGCGUCCUGGAAUGCUGGACUUCCUCAGGCCCUUAAAUGACGAAGGCUGCAUCUCAAAUGGUUCCCUAUAUAGGCUAGGGCACUACUUCUGACCAGAGCCUUGUACUAUGGAUUACACUGUUUCCUAGCUAUGAAUUAGACUAAAUAGUUAAUGUAACAAAACCUGACCUCCAUGUCUUCUUUUCCCCCUUUAGGUGUUGAAUGAGUAUUUCCACAACGUGUGUGAGUUGGACCUGGUGUUCAACUUCUACAAGGUAAGAGUAAAAGUGUUGAGAUGAAUUUAAAAACCAAACACUCUCAGUGCUAAGAGGAAAGACAGAAAGGAGCGGAAGAAACUCGGGGGAGGUGAAAAUAUACUAUUUCAAUGUAUUUUCUUUCAUUGUAAUGGGGAGGUGCCAUGGCAACGAGGAUGGGAUACGUAAUUACAACAUCAGUUUGGCGGCGAUUAGUUUUCCUCUACAAUAAAUACUAAGAAAUUAACUCUCCUCUGAUGACCGCCCUUUAAGCAGUUAUCGUGUCAAUUACGUAAGGUAUUUCUGAAUAUUCGCCAACUCGCUGAACCUUAAAGAAGCGCGGCCCACGCUAAAAGUUGCUGCGCUCUGUGAUGUCUUCUGAUUCACAAAGAAAACAGCAAGUGACAGAAAGCAACAUGAUGGCAAACAUCAGCUCGUCUCAACAUCAACCCCCUCUAUUAGAUCUAGUGCCACAGCAGCAAGGCCUACGCACUGCUAGAAAGAUAUAUUUACGUAAUGGGGUGGAGAUGAAUCUGCAGGAUCUAUACAGUUCUCCAACACUUCUGUUCUUAAAGCAGUUUGAGCGGUGCAGUAGGCUGACCUCUGACCCGUGUCCUAACCAGCUUCGACCUGUCCUGUCUGUCCCAGGUGUACACGGUGGUGGACGAGAUGUUCCUGGCGGGGGAGAUCAGAGAGACGAGCCAGACCAAGGUCCUCAAGCAGCUGCUAAUGCUGCAGUCCCUAGAGUAGCCAACAGAGCAGUCCAUCACCCCCCCCUCCCUCCCUCCCUCCUCUGGAAUGGACCCCUCUCAUUCACCAGCCUCCAUGGAGCAGGCUCCACCCCUUACAGAAACCAGGGGUUUAUUCACAAAGGUGCAAGUCACAGAACGUUCAGAUAGAAAUGCAUGGUGUAGAACAGACAUUGUUUUCUGUCAUGCAGAAUUGGGAAUCUAGUCAGCUCUACACAUUACAUUUCUAUUUUCAACAAUGAGAGUUUCAACCUCCUGAUUAUGCCCCAUAAAGACUGUUUUAUUUUGGUGAUGAGCUGCAGAUAUGGCCCUUAACAUUUCAUUUCUUAACCACCAGUUCAAGUAAAAUCAUCUGGAUGAGUAUAUUUGCAGCACAGCAUACAGCUGUAUGCAGCACUGAAAAUAAAAUGUUCUCUCUGUGCCCUGUCUCAAACUGGAGGCUGCAUUUAUGGCAGACUAGGGUUGCCAGUUAUUCACAUGUAUCCCACCAUCAAGCUUAUACUAGUGGAGAGAGCGGAUAACAAGGAUGCACUGAUCUGGCAACCCCAGAGUGGCACUAAAGUAGCUAACAAGCACCAGAAAACCCUUGUAAACUGCCUGUGCUAUCCCUGUCUACUCUGCACCAUACUUCCGUCUGGGAGAAUCACAGUUUAAGCUGCAGAGUGACUAAACCACCGCUACAAAUGCCCAUUGAAUCCAUUGACCUCUGGUGGUGGUUCACAGUUCAAUGUAGUGCACUUUUACUAAGAGUGCUGUUGAGAGGUCUGGUAAUGGCAACCUGUAAAAGGUUGCAUCUACUCUGUGAUAUUAAGGAGAUUCUCUGGUCUUAAAUAACUGUUAAUAUCAUGUCAGGUUGUAUAUCAGACAAUGCGUCUCCACUCCACAUAAGGUGCUUGUUAGUCACACCCAGAUAUGUUCAAAUUUAAAUACACUAAUACUUUAAGUUAAAGGAAACUCAGAAAUAACUUAACAGGAAUCUAUUUAAUGGAAAUAUGCAGUGAUAUAUUUUACGUGAAGCAGUACUGUGAAGUUUGUUUUGUAUGGUGUACAUAUACAGUAUCUUAUGCGUAAUAGUGUGAAACCAUUGUCGUCCAUUCCAGGCCUUUCCCCAGCUUAUCCUGCCUGUCUCGUCGCUGGGUGUUUAAUACACAGAUCUGAAUUGGGGGAAAUUCCAUUAAUAUUCCCUGGUCGCCUCAUUCAUACUACAUAAAUGGGGUUUCUAACGUCAACCAGAGGCCAAAUGAUAUGAAAAACUCCAGAGGCACUUGUCUAGUAGGUCUGACAACACCCCUUUGUACCUCUUCUCAUUGUAACCAUGUCCAGUCUUGCACCUCCCAACACAUCACAUGUUACUAUUAUGGUCUGUAAAUUUUUGGGGGGAUUUUUUAUUUUAUUUGGCUGUAGUGAGAGAUGUACUGCUCUCCUCUCAGUCCUGUGAGCUUGUUAAUGGAAGAUGUGAGUUUAGGUGUUACUGUCUCCUGUUGCUAAGCUACCCAGUCAGUGUAUAUACAAAAAAAUCAAGUACUAAAUAAAGUGUUAAAAAUACCUUGUGCUUAUUAUACUGUAGAUCACGUUUUUAAUGUGAUGAGUCAUUGAUUUUAAAGUACUGAAGUUGGAAAAUGCAUCAUUCGUUUUUGUAGUGAUAUCACCAUCUAGUGGUAGUAAUCUAGCAUAGCCUUCACAUUCUUGAAUCUGCCCUGAGGUCAUUCUAACAGCCUCCCAGUGAUCGAUAAAAAUCUAUAUAUCCACUUCAGCUACAUUAACCACUCUGCCUGUUACUCCAUUGACCCACAAACAUAAAUUCAGACAAUUAGACACUCAAAGCUUUUACCAUGUAGACUAGCAUAAGAAGUCUUCCCUGAUUCACAAACCCCACCCUACUCGCUGACUGUGGCAGAUAGGUAACCAGCUUGAUACAAUGAAGGCGUGUGCACAUAUUUAAAGACAUGAUCUGCAAUAAAUUAAAUUCACAUUUAAAAAGCAAAGUUUUAGAAUAGAUCUUUAAAAUGAAAAUGAACAAGCAACCCUUCCCUGCCAAAAACAAUCCAAUAGACACACUGAAAUCUUAUUUACAGCAUAGAUUAUUCAGAUGUACAGUAGUUCAAUGAUUCCAUCACAUUGGUUACUAAGCAACAACUGAGUUUCUGCUCCAUUUCAAUUAGAGAAAUAACAGGAGACUGAAGGAAGUUAAUAAUAGGCUGAUGGCCAUGUGAUUAAGUGCUUACGAUGCAUUCAAUAGAAUACUCAGCAUACACAAUGCAUUAUUGAGACCAUGGUUCAAUGGUAUUAGGGUCAAGCAGCAUGGAGUGCAUCACUACUAUCGUGAGACAUGACUGACUGAUUGUGGGCAGUCUGUGGUCUACACACUCACAUGGGCUCAGGAAGUCACAGUAAUCUGUUACAUCACCCCUACAACGGCAGCAGUAAGCAAUGGGUCAACAAAAAAUGGCUGAGUUAAUCAUUUUACCACAACCCUGGAGAGGGAUAACAGAACAGGUGGCUGGCUGAUCAGUCAACACUGGGAGAGAAAGGACAAAACCUCAGUUGUUCUUGAGUAAGGAAUGAUUACCUCCAAUUGCUCUUUUUAUUACAGUAUAUUUUUCAAUUAAUAAAAAUCUUACAAUUCUAUAGAUACAGUAUACAAACAAAACAAUCUCAAUAAAAAGUGCACUUGCAGAGGAGAAAGAAACACGAAAAUAAAGCAGACAUUUCUUUCACACAAAAUGGGACCAGUCUUUCUCAGGUUGAUGUCACAGUGGCAUUUUGAUAGCCAUCUUCUUUAUGCUGGUUCAGUGUAACAGAUAAGCUGCUCUUAGUGGAGUGCUAACAGUAGCAUUGCUUAGGAAUUAGGUAUGGGUGCAUGGGGCCUGAAAUUCUUUAAUCUCCUGAUUCUAUAUGACAGUCAGAAAAUGAUAGGUGAUGAGGCAAGACUUUAUGUAAGACAUGUAAAAACAAAAAGUGCAGUUGAAUCUCACAGAACACAGCCUGGCCCUGUAACCUGAAUAUUUCCCACUAGUGACACUGAAACCAGUCUAGGUUCCUGUGACCGGUCUUUACAUGUGAAUGCAGAGCAGCAGAGAAAUGAAGAGGGCCGAGAUGGGGGUUACAUUUUGAGAGAUAACCUUUCCACCCCCAGGGCGCGAAAGAGCCAGAGAUUGAGACAGUGUAACCUUUACAUGGCAAAGGCAAGCAGUGACAUUAGAUAUGCAGCUGAUAAUGGGGAAUAACAAGUGGUCAUUGGGGUCCUUUGGAAAAUCAUAAGAAAAGACUGAACUGAAACCUUACUCACCCUUGUGCUUUGGACACGACCCGUAGGCCUUUCUGAGUGCCUCAUGGAGUGAAUCGAUUUCCCUUUGGGAGGUGCUAGUAAUGACAGUUUGGAGACAUGUGGACUGGGCGGGGGGGGUUGAAGGGACAGUAUACAUC